CCUGUGUACACUUACUCCCCGUACGCUGACGGAGUCAACACGUCGCUCGGCUGGUCCCUCUGGUACUCGGGGAGCGGAUUCAGCAAGUACCCGCCGAGCGGGAGCGCUGGUGCCGGAACGUCGCAGCAUUUCACCUCGCUCGCGGGGGCUAGCGUAUCACUUCAGUUUAAUGGCGUUGGAAUCGAGCUCCACGGUAGUGCGAACAGCUCGUAUGAAGUUACGCUUGAUGGGAGCUCCUCGACGUACACCACGGCCAAUGGAAGCGCGUUGUUUUCGCAGACGGGGCUUACAGCUGGGACGCACAGCGUGACGUUGAUUGCUCAACCUUCGUUGUCAAACCAGAUGCUGGGGUUCCAGUACGCGCUUAUUUCCAACCCGGUUGGCAGCGGCCAACCCUCUCCGUCCCCAUCGUUCUUCUCCAGCGCAGACACGUCUUUCAUGCAGUACCAAGGCAGCUGGACGAAGGGCACAGAUCAGCACAUCCAGAACGGCACGUUCUACUCCACUGCGUUGACGGGCGCGAGCGUCGGGAUGGAGUUCAUGGGCGAGGUUGUUGCUGUACAGGGAAUCACGAACUGGGGAAAUAUGAACUACACUGUCACACUGGACGGCACCGAAUCCCCGACACUGAACUCGAGCACGUACUGGUUCGUCCCCGAGACGACGCUGUUCUACCAGGGCGGGCUCGAUGCCUCUAAGGUGCACACGCUUAACCUAACGCAGACGAGCUUCGAGGCGACGGAUGAUCCACUUAAGCUCGGGUUUGAUUAUGUGGCGGUGUAUGGUUAUCAGGAUCCAUCCUCGAACUCGUCUUCCACGAACCCAAAUUCAGACAACUCGACCUCGAGCCACAAAUCGCCUGUAGGGGGCGUUGUCGCAGGUGCCGUCGUCGGCGCCUUGGCCCUUGGCCUUGCGAUUUUCGUCUUUGUCUGGUGGCGCAGACGCCGCACUCGAACUCGCCCCAACAGGAUCGAACUCCUGACCGAGGUGGGUACGACGAAAAUGGACAUGGGCAACAUAGGGCUCGGGUGCGGGGCGAGUCCCAGCGCCACCCCACUCAUCUCUGCUGACACGGGCGCUGGUAGACGGGAAGGUGGAAAGUUCAGUCAUGUGCACGGUUCAUCCUUGUCCGCGAGCAGCAGUGGCGGCUACGACUCCGCGCGCUCGGUGCCUCGGAGCGCGACGGAGACGCCGUCGCUCGGGUAUGUGGCUGCGAUGAGCGAUCUCGGGUCAGACGCGGGCAGCGGUGUGCCUGAGGGGACGGCGAUUGCGUCGAGCGGGGUGUUGUCUAGGUUCAACUCGACGGGCGAGCACGCGUCGUGGCGAGGGCAGGGAUUGGCAGGCGUGUCCGAGGAGACGAGAAGCCUUGGGAACAACGAGAAGAGCCCGAGGGUGCUGUCGCCGAGCUUGCGCUCGUUAGCGUCUUCCGCGGCUCUUGGAUCGCCCAUCACGCCGGGUCCGGGCCAGAAUGCGGCGCAUGGACAAGGAGGUGCAGGUGCAGGUACUUGCGGGCGGCCCCUGCCACCACCACCUGGAACGACGCCUUCAUCGCCUCCCGUGCAAAUCCAUUCGAUGUACAUGCAUCCGCCACAACAACACUCGCGGGACGUCGUGCGCUCGUUGGUGCAGGAACACGUUCAGCACGGGCAGGUGCAGCAGCCCGGGGGGACGGGCAACAACGAGGAGGUCGACCGGAUUCUGGAGAUGAUUGCAGCACGGAUCGAUCAGCCGGAGGACCAUUCGAUGCCUCCGCCUGAGUACCCGAGGCGGUGACGCGGUGAAGCUGUCCGAUGUUGCUCUGGGGUCGACACAAUGGACAGUGUUAUACCCAUGUUGCCGAAGUUAUUCGCUCUCCGCUUUUGCUUUUUGUGUAGCUUAAUUUCUCGGAAGUUUGUGUCUGUCCUCAUGUCUUGGUUCUGCGCAGUGACGUGACUAUGACGCUUCUUUGAUCAUGCUUCGGUCAUGGACAUGCUUCCUUAAGGCUUUGUGACUUCACUAAAUUG